CUCGAAGUGACAUGACUGAUGAUGACACAAUGGUUCGCCUUUUCUUUGAACCUGGUACGAGUUAACUAAAUUUUAAUCAAGACGAAAAAGUGCGCCGACCGAAAACUCGGAAUAAUCCAACAUGUUUGGUGGAAAACCGAACCCAACUCCAGGGUUCACCUUUGGGGCCACGCCCAGUGCAGGCUCUACACCAGCAACAGGCGGGGGAUUUUCUUUUGGAACACCCUCUACGCAGGCGACAGGAAAUGUGUCAUUCGGUGCCGCCGUAGGACAAACUCCAGCUGCUGGACCGACUUCUUCAUUCAGCUUUGGUGCCACGCCUACUGCCUCCACAGGUGGCUUUAAAUUGGGAGGCACCACACCGUCCUUUCCCUCCACACAGUCCUCUACAGCAGCCCCUACCACAGGUUUUGCAUUAGGAACUAGCACAGCAUCAACACAAAGUGGAGGCUUCAAAAUAGGAGCCACCACCUUACCCCCAGCCUUUCCAGGAACCACCAGCACUGCCCCUGGGACGACAGCCACUGUGGCUCCAGCGAUGGGGUUUGCCAUGCCCAUCCCCAGCAGCACUGCUACUGGCGGGGGAGGGAUGGGGAUUGGGAUGGGGCUCGGGGGAGCAGUUAAACCCACCCUGACCAGCACCACUUCAACCUUGGGAGGACUGUUCAACACACAGACACCAGCCGCCAAACCUGCAGGAAUACUGGGGGCCACGACAGCCACAGGAAGCGUGUUUGGGACCCCCGCCACCACCUCACAGACUGUGGGACUCGGGGGAGUGGAUCCAAAAACCUCCACCACCGCCGCUGGAGGUUCUGCUGCCGAUCCCAAAGCAGGAGAUGGAAAAACUCUAAAGAAAAGCCAGGUUCCACCAGAAAUUGUCAAAACUGUGGAGGAUUUCAAGACCUACAUUAAGGAGGAGAAGACUGUCCAGGAGGGGAUUUCCCGCAUGUCGUGUAAGCCCAUGUACAAAGUACAGGAGGACGUGGCCUCCCUCAAACAACUUCUGUCCAUCGUCUCCAACGGUCUACAGAGGAAUGCCUGUGCGGUGGAGAAACUCAAGAAAGAGAUGACCCAGGAAUUGAAAAAUGCAGAGAUGGCCCAGAGAACAAAGGACAUUCCUGCGGGGCUGCAGUAUGAGAACACUGCACCCACAGAGUAUUUCCAGCGACUGGUGGAGAAUUUCGAGACCCAGAUGUUGUCAUAUCGACAACAAAUCGAGACCCUUGAAGGUCACCUUCACUCCAUCAGUCAGCCCAGCAUCCUGUCCCCAGAGGAACUGGUGGAGCUGCUCAGAAAGCUACAUGAGACGUUCAUUGCCCUGGCCGCCCAGUUACAUCAGGUCCACGAGGCAGUUAAGACCCAGAAAGAACACUACCUAAACUACAGGAAGAUUUUCCUGCAUGACACCAAAAACAUCUUCGAACGAGAGAAGAAAGCGGUCAAACCCAAGGUCCUCCCGGAACAUUUUGGUCCCAGUCCGUUCUCCGGACUUUCCAAUGCGGCUGCGGUUGCCAUGGCGUCGGCCCUGACCAAAUCCCAGCAGCCCCCUGCAGCGGCACCCCCAGUGGCGGGCCUAGGGACCCUGGGGCAGACCACGGGAGGAUUCGGGUCGACUGGGUUAUUUGGAGCCACGACGACUACAGCUCCCGCAUUUGGAUUUGGUUUAGGAAGCAGUUCUACCACAGCGCCGCCCCCAGCAUUCGGCGGAUUUGGUUCUACCGCCGCCACCACCACCACCACAAGUUCAGGCUUUACUGGCUUGAACACUGCAACAGUUCGCCCAUUAGGUUUUGGGACCCCUGCUCCAACAACCACUACCACCCCAUCACUGUUCGGAACACCUCAGACAGUUCAGACACCGGCAUUUGGAACACCUCAGGGUUUUCCCUCAGCGGGAGGCGAACAACCUUUUCAGUUAAACAAACCCCCUGGGAGUAAGAGAAAUAAAAGAUGAAAUUCGGUCUGAUUGGAGAGAGUGAUGUAAAAUGUGGACUGGUAUUGAAGCAGAUGUUGUGAUUGUUAAUCUGUAAAUAAACUUUGUUACAUGUACAUUAUCA